AUGUCCAACUACGGUGGUCGUGGAGGCGGCUACGGAGGCUCAGGCGGCUACGGUCGUGAUCGAGGCGACCGCGGGGACCGAGGCGGGUAUGGAGGCGGUUACGGCGGAGGCAACGGCUACGGCGGUGGCGGUGGCUACGGCGGCGGAGGAGGAUAUGGCGGCGGCGGCGGCGACCGCAUGAGCGGUCUUGGUGCUGGAUUGCAGAAGCAGUCAUGGGACUUCUCGUCUCUUCCCAAGUUCGAAAAAUCCUUCUACAAGGAGAGCCCCGAGGUGUCCGAGCGGUCCCCGGCUGAGGUGGAAGCUUUCCGCCGCAAACAACAGAUGACUAUUGCCGGCCAAGACGUGCCCAAGCCCGUCGAGACCUUUGACGAGGCUGGCUUCCCUCGCUAUGUCAUGGACGAGGUCAAGGCACAGGGCUUCCCAGCCCCGACUGCCAUCCAGUCGCAGGGCUGGCCCAUGGCUCUUUCCGGUCGCGACGUCGUCGGUAUUGCAGAGACCGGCUCUGGGAAGACGCUCACGUACUGCCUGCCUGCCAUCGUGCACAUCAACGCCCAGCCGCUCCUUGCACAAGGCGAUGGCCCGAUUGUGCUCGUGUUGGCUCCCACUCGCGAGCUUGCUGUCCAGAUUCAGCAGGAAAUCACCAAAUUUGGCCGCUCCUCCCGCAUUCGAAACACUUGCGUCUACGGAGGUGUCCCCAAGGGACCCCAGAUUCGUGAUCUGUCCCGAGGUGUUGAGGUCUGUAUUGCCACCCCAGGACGACUGAUCGACAUGCUCGAGGCUGGAAAGACCAAUCUUCGCCGCGUAACCUACCUUGUCCUCGACGAGGCCGAUCGCAUGUUGGACAUGGGCUUUGAGCCGCAGAUCCGAAAGAUCAUUGAGCAGAUUCGACCCGAUCGACAGACCCUCAUGUGGUCCGCCACCUGGCCCAAGGAAGUCCGAGCCCUUGCGUCGGAGUUCCUCAACGACUUCAUUCAGGUCAAUAUCGGAUCGAUGGACCUGUCGGCCAAUCACCGAAUCACGCAAAUUGUCGAGGUUGUCAGCGAGAACGAGAAGCGAGACCGCAUGAUCAAGCACCUUGAAAAGGUCAUGGACAACAAGGACAACAAAAUUCUCCUCUUUGUCGGCACCAAGCGUGUCGCUGAUGAGAUUACCCGUUUCCUCCGCCAAGACGGUUGGCCGGCGCUGUCCAUUCACGGAGACAAGCAGCAGAACGAACGUGACUGGGUUCUCGACCAGUUCAAGACUGGCAAGAGUCCCAUCAUGGUUGCCACUGAUGUGGCAUCCCGUGGCAUUGAUGUUCGCAACAUCACUCAUGUGUUGAACUACGAUUACCCCAAUAACUCGGAAGACUACAUUCACCGCAUCGGUCGAACUGGCCGUGCCGGAGCCAAUGGCACCGCCAUCACCUUCUUCACCACUGACAACCAGAAGCAGGCGCGCGACCUCGUCAAUGUGCUUCAGGAGGCCAAGCAGCAAAUCGAUCCUCGCCUUGCUGAGAUGACGCGAUAUGGCGGCGGCGGCGGCGGCGGUCGCGGCUGGGGUGGCUAUGGGCGUGGACGUGGCGGCGGUGGAGGCGGUAGAGGCGGCGUCAACGCCAAUAACAUGCCACUGGGCGGCCGAAGAUGGUAA